CGCUUGAACUUCUGAUCGUGAACGUUAACCGUCAUCAUGGGAAUCACUCUCUGGGUUGUGCCGUGUGAAGGAGAUAUGCUCAAAUUGAAAAGAAUCAUGGAUAUUCGCCCCACCGGAAAACCUGCAUUAGAAACCAUAUCCUACCCAAAAUUCGACCCCCACAUCACUCUAGCUUCCCUUCCGUCUCCCUCAGAUAUCUCUUUGUCUCAGCUACGCGAGUCUUUACCCAAAAAUCAGAGUUCUCUCAAGGUCAACUUCAGGUUGGUUGAUGUAGGCGAUCACUUUUUCAGAUCGGUUUACAUCGCCGUCACUCUAACACCAGAACUGGUCGAAAUUCAUCGCUGUGUUCAUGAGGCGCUGCAACUGGAACCAAGAACACCGUUAUUCCCCCAUAUCUCGUUGUGCUACAUAACAGACACCGAUGCCGGACACGGAGAACGUCAGCGAUUUCGCGACGAGUUACAAGCGGCUGGAAAACUUCGUGAGGUAUCAAGGGGAACAGUUGAGUUGGAUUGCGGCGUUGAAGGAGAAGAUUGGUUGUCGGGUUUCAUGGCAUCCGAGGUCUGGAUUGUGGAAUGUGAAGGACCAGUGGAGAGUUGGAGAGUCCUUGAGAGAAUAACACUUUCGUAGUCACGGCAACUCUGCAUCAGUACUAUAUAGAAGAAACCGCGUUUUCCAUGUGAAUAAAUAGUCU